AUGAGCUUCAGGAGGAAGUUGCUGACGGCGCUUGGUGUGUCUUGCUUGUACCUCGUGCUGGCUGUUGUAUACAUGGAGUCGAAAGCGCUGCCCACCUCCAGGCUGCACAAGCAACAGUGUGAGGUGAACGCUUGUGUGGUGACUCAUGACCGCUCACAGCUCAGCAGCGCUGAUGUUGUGGUCUUCCAUACCAAUGACUUUCUGCAGUCCACUCCGCUGCCAGACCCCCGACCUCUAGCGCAGCCCUGGCUGGUCUUUUCUCUCGAGGCUCCACCAGUGCAGACAAAUCGUGGCAUCGACUGGGGCCGCCUCAACAAUGUCGUGAACUGGACGAUGUCGCACCGACGAGACUCCGAUGUCGUGGCUCCUUAUGGCGUUGUCGUGAAGAGAACAAUACCGGAAAUCUGGAGACGUGACCACGACUAUACAUCCGGAAAAAAAUUUGAGAAAAUGACAGCUUGGAUGGUGAGUCACUGCCAGACGCACAGCCGCAGGGAAAGCUACGCUGCCGAACUAAGCAAGUACAUUCCAGUGGAUGUGUAUGGUUCAUGUGGUAACAAGAGUUGUGGAUUAAGCCUCGUUCACCGUAAUAUAGGGAAAUUCAACAGCCGCGACUGCGACCCGGUCAUAGGAGAAUACUACUUCUACCUCGCCUUCGAAAACGCCUUGUGUGCCGAUUACGUGACAGAAAAGCUGUACUUGACGUUGACGCGUGACGUGGUGCCUGUGGUGUUUGGGGGUGCCGACUACCAUUUCUAUGCUCCGCCAAAUUCAGUGAUCAAUGCUCUGGACUUUGCCACUCCUAAGCUGUUGGCGAACUUCCUAUUGGCAACCGCAAACAAUAGGACUGCUUAUAACAGUUACUUCGCGUGGAGGGAGGACUACGAAGUAGAUAUUGGGGAUCCGUUUCGUCCACACAUCUGUGAUCUGUGCGCCAAACUGCACCAGCAUCCAAUGGUGCACCAAAAUGAGAGUUCACGGCAGCGCGUGGGGACACUUGCGACUGGCAGGCCUGAGCCCCACACAUACCCUGACCUCAGGGCCUGGUUCCUGGACCGCAACCCCUGCCGGCGCUGGUGGUUGCCCUCGGCAACGCCAUCGCGGCGCAGUGGUUAGCGCUACUCUUAUCGCAGUGGUAGCGGCACCGAGAUAAGAGAAGUUAGCCGUGGUAGCUCAGGAGCUCAGUUCAUUUCUCGGUGUCACUAGCGGGCGGCGAUUGGUUGCCGUCGAAGGCGGUGCUUCCGGAAUGGCCUAGGGUUGGUUCCCCUAAAUGAACUCUGGUACGUGCCACCUGAGAAUAUCUCAUGUAUAGCCUUUGUUUGCAUUGUCCCUCUCGACAUCCUGCCCCCUCGACAGCAUCGUCCUCACCUGCCCUCCUCGACAGCAUUGUCCUCACCUGCCCCCUCGUCAGCAUUGUCCUCACCGGCUUCCUCGUCAGCAUGCAUUGUCCUCGUCAUGCAGAGCUCCAGAUUUUAGUUGCAAAAAAAACACCAAAACCACCCUUCAAAAUAGCCUCAGAACUAUAAGAGUGAACCUAAGAAGGCAAUAGCCAUCGUGUGACGGAAAUAUCAUUCAAAGGAAACCUACAUUUCUUACUAUUUAAAUUAUACAUUAAUAACUAUAAUCGGUUUUUCACAUAAACGCUGUAAGCCUCCAAGUUACAUUUUUGCUCAAACCUUCAGUUGCCCAUUUUCUUGCUAAUGUAGUGACUUCAAUUCGUAACUCGCGCUAUUAUUUUUUGUAAAUGUCAUGCAUAAAUCCUUUUGUUACCUCUAGAACUUUAUUGAUCACCAAUUUUUGUUACAGCUUUUACCUAAGUUAUUCGAAAUUUACCUUUUCACUAACUAACCAAAUUUAAGAUAUUAUAUAAUUAUGUUUCACUGUUAUCAAUUCUUAAACGCGAAUAAAACUCCUGUAAAUUCUCACUAAAAAAAGUUGGCUGAACGAAGUAAAUACUUUUUAAUAUUCGAAACAACCCAUCUGA